CACCACAAGGCUCUGAAUUAUAAGGAUAGUUGGAGGAGAGGCGUAUUCGACCAAGGCAUUUGCCCUGUGAGGAUCUUCCACUCUGUUGCACUUGCAGUAGACGAGACGAGACCACGUUUAUAAGCGUCUGUAAUUGCGCGUCAUGGAUUGUCAUAUCGAGGAAUGCAACCAGCCACAGGAGGAAGAGGACAUCAUGGACAUCCCAUUGGAUGACCCAGAGGCCAAUAAGGCGGCUGCCAAAAUCCAGGCUGGAUUUCGUGGUCAUAUGACCCGGAAGAAGAUGAAACCUGGUGAAAAGCCCAAUGAGGAGGUGAGCAGCAGUGGUGAGGCCCUCAACGGCAGCCAAGGGGACUCAGGUGGAACAGACGGAGUAGAGACAGAUGCUACAUCUGGACCAGAGCAGUGAAGACCCUUCUCAAGGUUGACGGCUUAUAGGACACUUUCUCCAGGGAUUUAUUAUUAUUAUUAUUAUUAUGUCAAGUAAUGUGUGAACUCUUUCUCUAUUUUCUGCUUCUUAUCCAGUCUGGGUGAAUAUCUGCUCCAGCAUGCUUUUGCAUCCCACAAAACGCAUCUGUAUAUUGUAUAUCUGAUAUUUGUAUAAAUUGAAGACCGGAUGGCAUUGAAUUUAAUACAGCCUUCUUCAUUCAAACAGUGAAGUAGACUUCAAAUAAUGCAUCAUGAUUGAGUUUUAUUAUUUUUUGUUGCUUGAUAGUCCUUUGGUAGUGUUUAUCAUUGCCUUGAUUUGACCAUGUAGCCACGAUCACAUUCAGAAGUGAAAUUUGUUUAUCGAUCAUGAAAAAGAAUGUAAUCAGUUGUUUAUUACGGUGUUGACUGAUUUGUUUGGUUUGCUACCUGUAAUAUGUAAUAUGUUGAAAAUGAAAUCAGAGCUUCCAGUGCAGCAUAUGGCAUGGCAAGAUUGACUGUCUUUUUUGUAAAAUUAUAAUCUUUUAAGGUAGUGCAUAAUAUCAUUAGAAAUAUAGAAAUUGAGUUGUGAAAGCUUAAUGAUGAUAACCAAGAUCACCUUGCAUGUUGACAUCAGCAUCAAGCUCUGUAUCAAUUGAAAAGCAAAUAAAAACUCAAAAAUGUG